AUGUCAACACUUCUCCCGUUUCGAGACAAGCGGCUACCACCCGUACCAGCUGCAACUUCCAUGUACCACCACGAUCCCCUUUUACAAGUCGAGCGCCAGACGAAGUACAUUCAGCGGAAUCUGCAGACUUUGAUUGAUGCUCAGAGUGAGGGUCUACUAGCAGGUCUUGCGCGAUCCCAGCCAGAAGACAUAUCGGAGGGCAGCUUUACCCCGACAUCCUCGGCAGCUGGUCGAGCUCGGUCUCCGUCGACCACGCCCGCUCGGCAACCUUCAGUCAAGAAGAUUGGGCUUCGCGCGGCACGGCAGGGUAUAUUUCUAUCCAUUUAUGACCUACUGAAGCUGCGAGAAGAGGAACGCGACAUUUUGUUGUCCCAAACGGACGAGCGAGAUAAUGCGCUUCGUGAAAUUGAAGGGUUCACUUCCAGAAAAGAUGGUCUUGAAGAGGCCAUAUCAUCUAUACACAAUGACCGAGAGAACCAACAGGCUAAACAAUUGCAAGAAGAGGCUCGAGGUCUUGAAACUGACAUUCGCGAGCUGGAAACCAAGCUAUACGAGAUGAAGGCCAAACAUCGAAAUCUAAUCAGCAAGAUAUCCAAUAUCGAGAACUCUGUUGAUGCAAAGCUCUCGUCAUAUACUGAGUCGCUAUCCCUCCUUCAGUCUGAUAUUCAGAGCUAUCUCCGUGACCCUCCUGUCCAGCCGCUCCCACGACGAUCAAGCGAGUCUUCGUUCUACUCCCUCAAUCCCAAACGGCGUACCCUUGAUAUGGCGGAGGAACAUUGGAAGCUGGAACGUGAGCGUCUACAUAAGAGACAACAUGAAGUGGAUGCGGAGAUUCUGGCUCUGGAGGAGGGCGGUGGUGUCUGGAAACAAGCUGUAGCUGACGUCUCGGGCUUCGAGAAGCGUCUUCGGGCCAAUAUGCGGCACUAUAUUGAGAUUCAAUCCUCUGCGACAGAUUCAAAUAAUGCACAGCUGUCAGAAACGAUGGCAGAAGUCGCGACAAAUGUAUCGGAUGACUUGGACAAGACUAUCCAGCGGUUGGAAACGCAUUUGGAGCUUGCCGAGAAGAAGGACUGGAAACUGCUCGUUUGCUGCAUUGCUGCAGAACUCGAGGCGCUGCGCGAGGCACGAGGAAUGCUUCUUCCAGCCUUUGGUCUGCCAGUCCAUGAUGAUGCGCCUCCCUCCCAAUCACCGUCGUCCUCUGAAGGGCAAGUCUCGGAGGAAGCCUCGGAUGUACAUGAGCAUUCAUCCGACAAUGAUGACUCUGAGCCCCCGGCGGAUCUGUUCAAAGAUGAGCAGGCUCACCAUACAGAUAACGCGUCAAGAUCUGAGGAUGACGAGCCAGAUCCAGCCUGGCUCUGA